UUUUUUUUUUUUGCAAGCACCUCUGCAAAAGUCCCAGUGACAUUCAUUACUGUGCGGGCUGGAACACAGCAACGAUGAACUGGAAAGAAGUGCUUUUUCUUUCCUGCCUCAUGACUUUUGUGCUCCUGAUAGUUCUCAAGGGAGGUGACACCAUGGCUGUGGAUUCCAAGAAAGCGGCAGCUGGAGACGUGAGCACAGAAAGUAUGAAAAAGAAAGUCUUUAUACAGGAAUCAGAUGCCUCUAACUUUUUCAAGAAGCGGGGCAAAAGAUCCACAAAAUCCAGGGACGAGCUCAAUGCGGAGACCCGCCAGAUGCUGGCUGCAGAUGAACAAAGGAGGGAGUACUAUGAGGAACAGAGGAAUGAAUUCGAGAACUUUGUUGAGGAAGAGCGUGAUGAGCAGGACGAGAGAAGCCGAGAACAGAUUGAGCAGUGGCGUCAGUACCAUUACGAUGGCCUCUAUCCACCAUAUCUAUAUAAUCGGCACAUUGUCUAGAGCAAAUAGGAAGAAUGGACUGCACAGAACAAUUAAAAAACUGAAGUAGCUGCUGAGCGUGCUAGUGGCAGAACUAUCAGCAAGGCAAUAUUUUGGAAGUCAUGGUGACAUUAUUGAA